AUGGUACAUGGGCACAGCUUCCAUCACGUUGUUGCAAGUCUUCUCAUUCUUGGGUUGUCUGGAGCAACAAGGAAGGAUACAUCAGGGAAGAACAACUCUGGAGUGAAGCCCGCGGGUCAAUGUGGAACGUGGGUGAAAGAAGCUGAAGGAGGGCUCUUCACUUCUCCCAAUUACCCAAAUAAAUACCCUCCAGACACAGAGUGUGUUUACAUCCUUGAAGCUCCGCCAAGGCAGUGUAUUGAUCUACACUUUGAGGUGAACUAUUCAAUCGAGUCCUCUUGGGAAUGUAAAUUUGACAACAUCGAGGUUCGGGAUGGACCGUUUAGCUUCUCCCCGAUUCUCGGACGGUACUGCGGACAGCACAGCCCGUCUGAUAUCAGGAGUAGCGGACGAUAUCUGUGGAUCAAAUUUGUUACGGAUGGUGAACUGGAAGCGGUGGGAUUUUCAGCAAAUUACAACUUCACCGCAGAUCCGGACUUUGCAGACAUGGGAGUCCCCCCACCUCUGCCCUCCUGUCAGUAUGACAUGGUUGGUCCAGAAGGUAUCGUUGAGUCCCUUCAGAUCACCAGAGACGGGAAGGCUGGCGCCACUGAGGCCGUUGACUGUAAAUGGUACAUUCGCGCUCCUCCGCGCUCCAAGAUCUACCUGCGUUUUCUUGACUAUGAGAUGGCCAAUUCCAACGAAUGCAAGCGUAACUUUGUGGCAGUGUAUGAUGGCGGCAGUUCGGUGGAAGACCUGAAGUGCAAGUACUGCUCCACGGUGGCCAACGACAUCAUGCUGGCUUCUACAAUGGGCGUCGUCCGCAUGUGGGCGGACGAAGCCAGCCGCAAAAGCCGCUUCCGUAUCCUUUUCACGACCUACCAAGAGCCUCCAUGUGAUGCGGAUGCCUUCUUCUGUCACAGCAACAUGUGCAUCAACAACACGCUGGUGUGUAAUGGCAUUCAGAACUGCGUCUACCCCUGGGAUGAGAACCAAUGUCAAGAGAAGAUGAAAACCAACAUCUUGGACAACCUGAACAACACAAACGGGACCAUCAUUGGCGUCACUUGCUGCAUCGUCCUCAUCCUCCUCAUCAUCUCCGUCAUCGUCCAGAUCAAGCAGCCACGUAAAAAGUACAUGGUUCGGCGCGAGGACUUUGACCCCACCAUGUUCCAGGAGGUCUUUGAGCCGCCCCACUAUGAGCUGUGUACUGUACGGAGCGCUGCAGCCGCCUCGGCAGACUUAGUCGACCUGGCAGAGGACUUUGAGAACUACCACGCCCUUCGCCGUGCCUCCUCUCGCUGCAUCCACGAUCACCACUGUGGCUCCUUCUCCAACCUCGGCAACGCCCACAUAACCCAGCUGUCACUCAGUGGACGAGGAAGUCGCGGGAACCUGAGCGCUCGAGACGCGGCGGGCGCCACUCUGCUCACAGACCUCCCGCAGCCGCCCAUGGCAGUGCGGCCCAUGCUGCCGUCCUCUGGUAAUCGCAGGAGCAUCUUGGUCAUGAAGCACAGCUACUCACAAGAGGCCGCGGACAAUGGAUGCGACCUGGACGACGACCUGGAAGAAGUUCCCACCACCAGCCACCAGCUUUCACGCCAUGAAAAGGCAGUACAGCGGUUCUGCCUCAUUGGCUCUUUGAGCAAACAUGAAUCAGAGUACAACACAACUAGGGUCUAAGAGACAAUUUCAAGGUAAGCAACCCUAUCCAACAAUCAAAAUAUAUCUAUGUUUUUGUGUAGUUACCAUUUGCCCAGUCAGUAUAUACUUUAAUGUAAGUUAGUUUUUCUUUUCUGUGAUUUUUGCCCGGGUUUAUAUAUUGUUUUUCUAUGUUUUUUUAUUUGUUCAUUUUCACCAAGAUGGUUUUCUUGCUUGCAGCCAUCUUGCCUUCCGACUGAGUUUGUUUGAAGUAUUUGUGAUGCUUGAGUUCACUGUAUGUCCCUCCGAGGACAUACAUUGUAUCACUCAGUGGACAUUCAUGAGCAUGGACUUUUUCAAUCAUCUUCAGUUGAAAAUGUUAUCAAAUAAUAUGUCUAACCUCUGCACUUUUCUCCCAGUAGGCCCACAGCAAAUAUUUCAUUUCACUCAUGUGAUCACUUGUCCAGAUAAAAGCACAAAUUGGAAAGCAGACACAAUCCCACAUUUUCAUGAAACUAAUCAUGAUAUAUGCACACACUAAAGACAGCACAUAAUCUCUUUGUAAUUUACAAAUCUUAACUGAUCACACAUUUAUACUGAAUUCCUCUGUAGUUAUGCAUGCUGUGUGUCACUUGCAGUAUUUUAUUUUAUGUUUGAUUGAUUGUGAAGCAUAGUAUUUAUGCCUGUGUGUAACAGUUCAUGUGUAUGCUCCACGGCUGUGCUUUCAGAAGGUUGCAAAAAGCAUAAUACGAUACAGUAAUACGAACAUUGUCGCUGAAUACAUUUGAGAUGUAAAUAACCAAUGAGUUGAUGAAAGAAAAUUUCAUUUCAAUGCAGAGUUAUAGACGGUCAUGCUUGCAGCUUUAUGCAUGCAUAAAAUGGAGCAGUCACAUAAAGUGCGACCUAUUGUUUUGUCUUUUUAUGUGUAAAGUGUGUGUAUGUGUGUCUGCUUAUGUUCUACAUUAUGUUGCAUUGUCUCCAUCAUUUAGACUUCUUGAAAAUAGUGCAAUCCUGGAUCAGUACGAACGGGCGUCACUCAUAUGAAAAAGCGGAGCGGAGAUUUACACCAGCAUGAUGAUGAUGAUGAUGAAGAGACACUGACGAAAGGAUAUUGAAUAUGUAAUCAUGAACACAAAGGACUAGAUGAAAUGCUGCGAAGCGCAUCAGCUCUGUACGUACUGUAGUCAACCCAUAUUUUAUGUCUUUGGAUCUUUAGAAUGAUCAUGAGUACAGAUUAUUCAUUAUUAAACUUUACAUUUGGGAUGUUAGUCAGAAACAUAUGUCAUUGUCAUCGAUUCCUCACUGAUAACUAAAUGAAUUUGACCCAACUUCUCAUGUUUAUUUCUAAGCAUGUAUUUUUCAAUGAAUUGCCCACAUACUAUGAUUUUUAUAGCAAACUAUAGAUGCUUACAGUUUGUCAAACUAGGAAGAUUUAUUUUAUUAAUGAAAGUUUUAAUGAAUUACUAACCUUAAUAGAUGUAAAGCUGUUGGAAUAACCAGAAGCAGUAUAAUUUGGAUAACAGUUCAAGGCAGAGUGGCUUGUGCAUGCGUCUUUUGUAUCCAUCAAACAUUAACUUACUAACAUUAAAAUAUGAAAAGCACCCAUCUACUAAUAAACGUUGUAGGACAUAAAGAGUAGUGAAAAAAAAGCAUCUUCAAAAUUAAUUAAUUGCACUGCAUGCUGUUGCUAAUCCAAAUAAUUGGGUCAAGAUAAGUGCGCAAAAUAAUGUUACCAUUUUCAUUUUUCACACUUUUAAAUGUCCUUUUAAGUAUGUUGACGGACAUUUUUAUUUUGACACAGAAAUUUCAUUUCGGCAAAAAAUAUUUGUCUUCUAACUCUUUCACUAUAGGAGCUUAAUAUCUUUGUAUCAAAACAGACUUUUAUACUUGGACAAAUUGAAAGGAUGAUUUUUACAGUUACUCAAAUUAUCUUUCAGGGCUGGUUUUACUGAUGCUUUGUAAAAUAAAUGAAAAUAAAGCUUCUCUUUUUUUUUUAUUGGCUUUUGGUCAACAGUUCCUCUGUCCCUUUUGUGUGUCCUUAAACUGUAAACACACACGUUAUCCAUGUCUCACCUUCAUAAAUAGAUAGAUGCUUGUUUAUUUGUUGUGUCUGAUCUUCUUUAGACGACCCAAACCAAAAGGAUUUGUUUCACCAAGCAGUCCAAUAAAAUUAAUCCUAGACGGUUCAAAUAAUCACAGGUAUCUAACAGUUUGUAUUUAUGAGAUUGAACCCAUAUAUUCUGCAGAAGGGACGGAUCGGUCUUACACUCUAAUGACGGUCACUAUUGGCAGGCUGCUUUUGUAGGAAAAACAACCUUUAAUAUAUUGAAACAGAGAAUAGUAGAUCAGCUGUGAGCACAAUGAGAACCAAGUCACAUUCACUGGCAUUGUUUGUCUCACUUUAUCAUUGUCUGAGUUCCAAUGUUCUUCUUACUGUCUCUGUUUUUAUGGUAUUUACCAUCUAUGUGUACAUUAUUUUCUGUAUUCAAUGUCAUGUAUGUAUAAUUUACAUCCAUGCUCUCCUUUUCCUCCAUAUAGACACACACAGAUCUGUAUGUCUGCACAUACUGAAUAAAAUGUUUCUUUUCUAUACACGCA